AUGUCUAUGAUGGGUGAAGCAAGUAUGGACGUCAACGCUGUGCGAGAGGCUUUCCCGGCACUUAAGCAGAAACAAGUCUUCAUGGACAAUGCAGGAGGAGCGCAAGUCUUGAAAAGCGUCAUUGACUCGAUGAUGCUUUAUUUGACCACGAACAACGUGCAACUAGGAGCCAGUUAUCCAGUCGCAAAGAUAUCGACUAACCUCUUCAAUGCUGGACAUGCCUCCGGAGCGCACUACAUUAAUGCCAAGCCCGAAGAAGUAGUCCUCGGGCCAUCGACAACUCAAAUGUUUCGAAAUCUGUCGGUGGCUCUAAAGACGGAGCCUGGUGACGAAUUUGUGCUGUCGAAGCUGGAUCACGAGGCCAAUGUAGCAGCGUGGAAGCAGUUGGCUGAAUGGAAGGGAUUGACAAUCAAGUGGUGGGUGCCAAGCCAAGAUACCAAUUCGAAUCCGAAACUGGUAUCGGAAGAUCUGAAGAAGCUGCUUUCGGAUAAGACGCGGCUGGUUGCUUGUACGCACACAUCGAAUAUCUUGGGAUCAAUCACUGACGUUGCGCCACUGGCCGAGCUUAUCCAUUCGACCAGUCCAAGGGCGCUGUUCUGUGUUGAUGCUGUGGCUUACGCACCACAUGCAGCGAUUGACGUGAAACAACUUGGAGUGGACUUCUACUCCUUCUCGUGGUACAAAGUAUAUGGCCCUCAUGUGUCGAUGCUCUAUGUCAGUGAGAAGGCACAGAAGGAAAUAGUCAGCUUAGGGCAUUACUUCAAGCCCGGAAACACGCUGGAGGAGAAAUUGGGCCUUGCAGCGGCUAAUUAUGAAUGUGUGCAAGCAGUACCAGAAAUCAUAUCCUACCUACAGAAGGUAGGAUGGGACGCGGUAGCCAGGCAGGAGGAGGAAAUACAAGAGGUGCUUCUCGACUUCUUGCGAUCGAAACCAGAUAUCAUCAAAAUUUACGGCGACCCGUCAUCAGAUCGCAGGCUUCGAGUCCCAGUUAUCAGCUGGCGAAUUAAGGGGCGUAGCUCUCUGGCGGUUAUAGAUGCUAUCGAGGCAAAAUCGAAUUAUGGCUGUCGAAGUGGCCACUUCUACAGUAAGAGGCUUUGUGAGGAGGUGUUGGGUAUCAAGGAUGGUGAUGAUGGAGUAAUCAGGUGUUCUUUGUUGCAUUACAACACCAAGGAGGAAGUGCAAGGACUGGUCGAUGUGUUAAAAGAUAUCAUUGAGAAAGGCGAAGGGCGAGUACCAGACGACGAAUAUCGAAAAUUGACUGCGGAUUGGUAG